AGCUCCGCCCCCUUUGAAGAUAGAAACAAAUGGGUUGUGAUCUUUGUACGUUCAUCAGAGCAGGACGAGGCUGGGAGGACUGUACAGCAGCAACCAGCUGGACUGUUGAGGACUGUCACCAUGGAGCCUGAGCGUUACCCCGUCAGCGUGCGUUUGAUUGGAGUAUUGCAUAAAGAAAAAAGCAAAAUGUUUAUGACCUCUGUGCUUUGGUCGGACCAGAAUGACAUUGCCAUUUACAGAAAGUUGGAAGAUUUCAAGAAAAUGCAUAAACAAGUAAAAAAAGACUGCACAACUGACCGGAAGCUGAAAAAAUCUGAGCGAGUCCUUCCACGAUUCCGCUUACAAGGCGGUGGGCGGAUGGGGAAAAAAACUACCAAGUCUGUGGUUUUCCUCAAGUCUCUGGAGAAAUAUUGCAACGAUCUCCUAAACUGUGAAGCACGAAUCAGUCAGAGUUCAAGCCUCAUCAAGUUUUUCCAACCCAAUGAUCAGGAUUUGGACAAAGAGUUCCCAAAAAACUGCAUCAUGAUUAUGCAGACGGAUGCAGAAAACUGCAGCAGCAGGGAUCGUCCGGAUGGAAACGUGACGCAGCCGUUUGUGUCCGAGACUUAUAGAUGCAUGGCCACCUAUGAAACCAAAGACACACGCAACAAACCGUUCAAAGUGGCUGUGGAUGACAAGCUUGACGUUCUCAUCAAAGACAGAACAGGGUGGUGGCUUGUCGAGAAUGAAGAGAAGAGGAUGGCCUGGUUCCCCGCGCCUUAUCUAGAGAAGAUAUAUGACAAUGGUGAUGAUGAUGAUGAUGAUGAGACUUCAGAAAGAGGAAAGCUUUACACUGCAACCAAGAACUACACUUCCACCUGUGACGAUGAGAUCUCCGUAACCGCUGGAGCAGUGGUGGAAAUUCAGCAAAAGUCUGAAAAUGGCUGGUGGCUUGUCAGGCACAAAGGAAAGAUUGGUUACAUCCCUGCUAUGUACCUGCAGCCUUAUAAUCACCCUAAAGUUCACAUGCCAUCCCUGCAACAUGAAAGACAACCGUCUCCUUCAGCCCUGAGCCUCCAGCAACAGUCCCAGCACAGCCUUUCUUUUGGAAACCUGCUGAAUCUUCCACUUUCCUCUUCUCCUACUAGACAAGAGGGGAUCAUGCAGAGGUCCCAUUCCACAUCUGAGCUGCAGGAAUCUCAGCCCAUGAAAGAUCACUUUGUCCCUGCUACGCGUUACCUCCCCCCGACUACCCCGACGAUACAUAGCCCUCCUAUCAUCAUGGUGGAGACUAAUGGUAAUGAGCAUCAAAAUAGGUUCCGCAUAUUAGCAAAGUCAGAGGAAAGUCUGGAUUGGGACAGCGCCAGCGAUGAUAGCCCUCACUCAUCCUUCAGUUUGACCCCUGGCACUGAUGAAAGGUCACUCUACCACAGCCGCACUCCUCCUCCCAUGAUGAACAGCUACCUCAGUCCAACAAGCAACACAGAAGUCAGAAUGACCCCAAGUGUCUCUGAUCCCAACCUCUACAAGGUGCCCACGUCACCCAAAGUGCCACCAAGGCCACAAGCCAGGGAGAUCCUCACCCGCUGCACCACGGUCACCCGCAAGAACGCAGACAAAGGCAACAUCUCACCAUUACCGAGGGAGAUUUUCAGCCGUUGAGAUCCCUCAACUCAUUCUAUGUUCAUUAUAAUGUAAAGAGGCUUUAGUUUGUUUUUUGUUUUGUGCAAAAAAACAUAUGUGAUACAGUCAAUUUUCAUGUGAUGACAAUAAUAUUGAAAUCUCAUUAGUUUUAUUUUGAUGAACAUGAAAGAUCAUUUUCCUCAGUGGAAACACUUUGUUGGGCCUUUUCUGCAUUGAUGAUUCUGCAGACAGAUGUGCACACAUUUGUUGUUGUCAAGCAAAUCCAGUGUAAAUUCUACUAAUAGAAUGCAUCUUUUAUAGUAGAAUUACCAGUCGCAUUAUUGUAUCAUUUGGUUUAUUUGUACUUUAUUCAACUACUGUUCAUAGUUUUAUUUUAUUUUUUUAUGUGAGUCUAUAUGUUCCUGGAUUUAACAAGAUAAACAUGCUGUACAAAGCAGUCGGAAAAAUAUGGAUUUUGAAAAUGAGCAAGAGUCAGACUCUCGAAAGCACGAGGCAAAGUUUGAAACAGUUGGAAAGUUUGUAAAAAAAAGAAGUGUAAAGUGUCAAAGUGUAAAAGUGUCAAAUAAAAAAGUGGAAAGUAA